CAUCUGGAUUUAAUAAAGGCCAGCGAAUGAGGCAGCGUUCCGCCCCCAGGAACCGUCCAAACAUUCCAAAGCCGUGAGCUGGAGCCCAGCUCCAAGUGUGGCACUGAGCGCGCCGGCUCUCAUCCACCCUGCUAGGCAGAGCAGCGCUGCCUUCCCAGGCCAGUCAUGGCCCCAAGGCUCGGCCUCCUCCUUGCCCUGCUCCUGGCUGGGGCCAUCAGUGCUCAGCAGCAGCAGUUCAUGGAGUACAUGGAGAGGAGAUUUGGCGCCUUGGAGGAAAGGAUCUCCCAGUGGCAUGACCAGAGCAGCCGCUACUCCACCGAGCUACGUGAAUUCAAGAACCAGGUGAUCACAAUGCUGGAGAACAUGGAGAAGGAGCAGGACAGGCUGCGCACAGAGGUGGAGAACACAGCAGUGCGAGUGGACCGGCUGGAGCGCGAGGUGGACUACCUAGAGACGCAGAACCCCGCUCCUCCCUGUGUGGAGGUGGAUGAGAAGCUGAUGGAGAACCAGGUCUCUACAGCCAAGAAGAGGAAGAAUGAGAAGUAUGAUAAGCUGACAGAUUGCAGUGACACCAUCUCCCAGGUGAAAGCCAUGAAGAUCUUGAAGAAAUUUGGCAGCAGUGCUGGGCUGUGGACCAAGGACCCCGUGGGGAGCUCGGAGAAGAUCUAUGUCUUCGAUGGCUCCAGCAAUGACACGGUCUAUGUGUUCCCCAGGAUGAGGGAGUUUACACUGUUUUCUGCCACGCGGAAGGCAGCCCGCAUCAAGCUGCCCUACCCCUGGGUGGGCACCGGGCAUCUGGUGUAUGGGGGGCAUCUCUAUUACAUCCGGCAGCAGGGCACCUUCCAGGUCAUCAAGUUCAGCUUGGCCAAUAAGACCAUCGUGGACAGCUCCGUGUUCCCAGUCGAGGAGCAGGUACCUGUCUUUGGUCUCUCCGCCUUCAACUACAUCGACAUAGCAGCUGAUGAGGAAGGGCUAUGGGCCAUCUACGCCACCAGGGAGAAUGAGAAGAACAUCUGCCUGGCCAAGCUGGACCCCGUCUCCCUGGACAUAGAGCAGAUGUGGGAUACACCAUGCCCCCGGGAGAACGCUGAGAGUGCCUUUGUCAUCUGCGGGGCACUCUAUGUGGUGUAUAACACGAGGCUGCCCAGCCGGUCCCGCGUACAGUGCGUCUUUGAUGUCAGUGGCGCCAUGACACCCGAGGAUGCUGCCUUGGUGUACUUCCCCAAGCGCUAUGGGUCUCAUUCCAGCAUGAAAUACAACCCUAAGGAGCGGCAGAUCUAUGCCUGGGACGAUGGCUACCAGAUCAUCUACAGGAUGGAGAUGAAGAAGAAACUGGAGAUCUGAGAGGGGCCGACCUGGCCCUCCACCUCGCUCUGCCACCCUGACUCACGCUGAGUGGUGCCUGGCCUGUGCAGUCCACAAGUGCCCAGCCUGCCUCAGGGUGGCAGAGCCAGCUCUUCAGAGCUAACGCAAGGGACACACACCCACCACCACUCCUGUCUCUGUGCCUGUGAAUGGUGCUGCAGCUCCCCGGCCAGCCCUGCCUCUUGACUGACACUCCCCAGCUCACUGCAGCAGGGCCCCAUGGCACCAGCCAUGGGAUCCCCUGGGCUGCUCACCGGGCAGUAAGGGGGCAGCCACAGGCUUGCAGCUUGAGCUCGAGGGAUAUCGGGAGCCGUUACUUCGUUGAGCGUCAACUCACAGCAUCAGGAAGUUUGGGGUUAUUUAACAGGAUUUAAAAUAAAAAGCUUCAAGGAGCCAUCACCAGCAGGUGGGGUUGGCUGGAGCCCUCAGAGAGGGAGCUGUGUGCGGGGCCUCCCUGGGUGAAGCAGCUCCCACUUGGCCUGCCAUGGUGCACUCCUAGUGCUAUUCCACAGAAGGGCCUUUCUCUCAGUUGGGGAUGACUUCAGCAACCUGAACAUCACACUAAAGUUUUUCUGGAGCUCUCACGGCUAUCAGUGAUGUGUGACCUAGGGCGGUGCUUGCCAUGCUCUGCCCCCCACUCCGUGUGAACAGCCACCUCCUGUUUGAUUUUAGAUAAAUUCAUCCAGCUACAGGCUGCUGACUUAGUUCCACCUCGGUGUGCCUAGAGACUUUGCACUGAACAUGCUGUGGCUCGAUUCCUGCUAAGAUACUGUUGUGCCCCUUUGAAACACACAUCAACCUACUUUCUUCCCCUUUUGUAUUGACUAGCUUAUCUCCACAAACUCUGUCGCUGCAUUUUGACUACAGUAAUAUCCACCCACACAUCCCCCACCCCUGAGAAAGGUUUUGUAAUGGGAAUGCGGUGCGGGGAAUGCUGUUAGAGCCAAAGCACAAACCUCAGCUCCUCAGGAUGAAGGCAGCCAAAGAAACUCUGUGUAAUAAAGGAUUUUCCACUCUCUUAGUCUUGCCCUGGUCUCUUCCCUCCCCACCCACCUGUGAGAUUCCAGCCCAUCCUGACCUUGAUCCAUGACUGAUCAUUAGCAAAGUUAAUCGUUGCUCACACACAUGGUGGGCUGAAGCAAAGGCCAGACAUGUCAGGACAUGCUGGCAGUGGGGGUCCCUUGUGUGGCUGCACAGCUGGUCCAGAAAUGGAGAGUUAAUUUAUUCCUUCUGCAGCAUGCCUGGCUCCUAUAGUUGCUGGUGUGGAGCAGGUUACAAAGUGAGGCUGCCAUGCAUCCCCACACUGUCUUAGCUUUAUCAUUACUAUUACUACUAGGGAGAAGCACAAAAGAACAGGAUACGCAUGUAGGAACAAAAAAUCAGACAGGCUAGGCAUAAAAUGAGUGACACCCAGCAAGGGACAUAAAAGGCAAUAGGAAGAGGUUCCAUAAAUACAUGAGGAGCAAGAGGAAGAUGAAGGCAAGUGUACAUCCACCACUUAGCGCUAAUAACAGAUGACAUCAAGAAAGCUGAGGUGUUUAAUGCCUGUUUUGCUUCAGUCCUCCCUAAAUAGGUCAGUUGUAACCAGAGACUUAACACCAUAAUGUAACAGCCAGGGGCAAGGAGUGCUGGAGAAGAUAGGGAAAGAACAGCUCAAAGAACAGUUAGAUACAUUACUUGUAUUCCAGUUGGCAGGCAAGUAGUCAAGGGGCUAGGAGGGUCUGACAUUCCCACCCUGAGGGUCUGUGCUGGACCUGCAAGAACACUGCCACCCAUGGGUCCCUCGCCCCCUCUCCCAGCCUUAAUUCCUGCUGCCAGGCCAGGAGGCUGGGGCAGAUGCUCACUUCCGGCUGUCUGUGUUACUAUGGGGCCUGGCUGGGGCCCUCCAACGCUUGCAGAGUCACAACGCACCCCACCCGGCUGCAGGAUGGGACUAGGGUUCGGCGCCUCAGUCACACAGCUACGCACAGCCCACAGGUGUCCUGGGGCCUGGCAGAGCGUGGUCCAUAGGGAAUAGGGCUGCCCGUGUGGUACAGCUACCAUUCCUUGUCUUCCCUGAUGCAUUAGUCACCCCGAGGUAACACAGACCUUGCCAGAAGUGAAGACAAAGUGAAGCCUUUGUCACAGGAGGCUGGGACCACAUGGCUGAUCUGCGGUGCCAUUCCCCCAGGGCCAUCAUCCUUGAAGAGUCCUACACCGUACAAACCCGCCCCUCUGAAAUGCCACCACCUCAGUGUGGAGGGCAGCAGCCAGAGCGCCAACAGCACCCACCAUGGGGGUGAGGGGGAAUUAAGCCCAGGCCAUGGGGCAGUGCCCUGAGGAUGCUAGGAGAAGUCAGGGGAUCUGUGAUGUCCAUGCCUCUCUUUGACCAGGGCUCAUUCAGCAAAGCACCUUCCCUAGGAAAUUGGACCUUGGUCUCCAGGAAGGGGAAGGGCUGUGGCUUUGGGUAUCUAAGGACUGCAGCCAACAAACUAUCCUGAGCACAUUCAAGAGCAGCCAGGCUCUUACAUCUUCUGGCUGGGUUCCUGCCAGCCCCGCAAGCCAGUAACAACCUGCUCUGGCCAUAUUGCAGUCGAAAAACAAACUCCCCGCGAAGACCAGAGCAGAGACUCAAAAAGCAACAGGUUCUUAAUCUUAAUUGGGCUGCUGGCUGGAGCAACAGCUUCAAAGCAAGGCCAUGAAGAACGUCUUGUUUUUGAAAGGCA